GAUUUCGCAAUCUGUCAAACUAAAGUCAAUGCAAUCUGGGCAAGAGGUUUCCAUCGUCUGAUCAGCUCGGGAUGGCCAAACUAAACCUAACAAUAUAUGUUGUCUUAGUGUUUAUAUGUAACACACUUGCUUCCGACUAUCCUCCGCGGAUCAGUGUAGACAGUACCAUCCAACAGGCCAGUGAGAGUGCUUCUAUAGGUGCGUUACUUUUCACGAUCACUGCUGAUGACAGGAACGGUGGAACUGUUGACAUUAUGGCGACGGGACAAACCAGUCAACUUGUAAAUAUCAGACAGACGACAAGCGGACAUAGUGUAACAGGGGAUGUUCUUCUGAAAACGAAGCUAGAUAGAGAGGUCAAGUCAAGCCAUACGAUGACCUUCAUUGCUACAAGCAGCAGUAAAGAUGCCCCGGCGUCUUCACUGGAGGUAACCCUGUUCGUGACUGAUGUGAAUGACGAAAAACCUAUGUUCUCAAAUCAGGCCUACCGGGUGAAAGUUCCAGAGAACCACACUCUGUCUUCUGACAUCAAUGCCAAUAUAUAUGCUACAGACAGUGAUAAUGGACCGGGGGGAUCUGUCUCCUAUUCUAUACAGCCCGCUGGACAGGCUUCAGCACUUUACGACGACACAUUUGGUAUUCGUGAAAAAUCCGGAAAACUUUAUCUAAAGAAAGCUCUGGAUUACGAGACAUUAACUUUCUAUCAAUACAAAGUGAUUGCAAAGGAUGGUGGUAACCCCCAGCUGAACAAUUCCGCAGACCUUCUUAUCACGAUAUUGGAUGUACAAGAUACACCACCAAUUUUCCAGGGACUACCGUACAUGGCUGAUAUUAUGGAAGAUUCUCCCGUGGGGACCAUUAUUUUUCAUCGAGUCUUUGCUCUUGAUGGCGACACUGGUACACCCAACAAUGUAUCAUAUAGCAUAUCAGGAAACUGCCAAAGCUAUAUUCAUAUAAAUCCCUCUUCUGGUGUAGUCAGCAUUAACAAGACGAUGGAUAGGGAUCAAGGAACUAUCAAAGAUCAUCAUGGAGUUUGUUUAAUGAAUGUAACAGCUACAGAGGUAACAGAUCACCCCAGUGAUACGUCACAGACUACGACAUCUAUCACUCUCCUCGUUGGAGAUGUUAAUGAUAACUCCCCCGUAUUCAACAAAAGAGUUUACCAGGGUUAUGUACAGGAAGACAUGACUGACAUCGUCAUCACUAUUCCUGGAGAUAUAUCAGUCUCAGACGCUGAUCAGGGUUCAAACAGCAUCAUAGACUUGACAGUUUACAACAACAACGGUCGGACGCGAAUUCCCGGUAUAGCAGCGUCUCCGCCCACGGUGUAUUCCAGUGGAACAAUCUAUCUCCGACUCGUCAACAAUUUCACGUUUGAUUCCAAAGUACAGAACAAAUUCGAAUUUAUUAUUAUAGCUAAAGACAGAGGGUCACCCUUCCACUCUAAUUCUUGCCGAGUGAUUGUACACAUCAACAUGACAAACAGAUUUUAUCCACAAUUUCCCUCCGCUGCUUUUGCGAUCUCGGUCCUCGAAAAUACUGCAAGCGGAACAAGAAUUGCUCUCAUACAGGCGUAUGAUAUGGAUUUCGGAAUUGACGGGGUUAUUCGCUAUAUGUUGCAAGGAGACGAUAAUGUCUUCAGCAUCGACUCUAUAACUGGACAACUUUCCGUCGCCUGUAACUGUAGCUGUUUGGACCGGGAAAGACAGAGUGUUUAUCACAUGACAUUGGAGGCACUUGACGGUGGAGAAAAAAUGUCGUCUGUUCCAGUAAAAGUAAUAGUCCUAGACGUUAAUGAUAACAGUCCUGUGUUUCUGCAGCCAAAAUAUGAAUUUGGAAUCACAGAGAACUCCUCGUUGCUGUCAGGAAUGGAUAACUUUACAAUUCAUGCAAUGGAUGACGACGAACCACUCACGCCUAACAGCCUCAUUACAUUUGCCAUUCUGCCUCGACCUGACGCCCUGGAUAAACAUUUUGCCAUCAACACUUCCACUGGGUCUAUCCGGAUUGUGAAUCCUCUCCGAUUCGAUCAGUUGUCGUCUGCUCUCGCCGGAAGGCUAGAUCUAGCAGUUACUGCGCAUGACCACGGCAAUCCCAGUCUAACCUCCACUGUGUCUGUGAUAGCUUUCUUUCAAUCUCCUGCAGCUUGCAACUGUGAGAAUUCGAUAUCCACAAAAUCAACACGUCCCCCGCCUCAUAUGGAUAGUUACUCUGGGCAAUCCUUUAUAUUAUGCCAAGGACAGGAGGGAUACAUUCAGUGUGAUGCAGGAAAAGUAAUCCGAAUCCUAUCCGCCGUGUACGGAAGAACAAGUGACGUCAUCUGUCCUUCACAUAAUGUCGGUUCUCUGACGUGUCAAUCUCAUUCGUCCUCUGACCAUGCUAAGUGGUCGUGUAACGGCUACGGACGCUGUAGGAUGUAUGCUGAUAGCAGUGUGUUUGGUGAACCUUGCACUGGCAUCAACAAGUACCUGGAGGUUGCCUUUCACUGUGUUCACCCAUCCACCAUUAACUGCGUGUUUGGAUAGCAUUUCCACAGUUUCAAAGAGGAAACUUUAUAAUAGUUAUUUUAAAUAAAACGUUUCUUCUUUAA